GUGCGGACUCGAACAGGACGGCCGCCAUCUUGCGCGGAGCUUGAGUCGGUGCCCGAGAUUGUGGCCUAGAGUGAGCGCGAGUCUGCAGCCGUGCCUCGCCGCCGCUCAAUCCCGCCACGGCCCAAUUCCGCCGAGGCCCUACCGGAGUCCUCGCCUGCCGCAUCUCUGCGCCUAGCCCAGGUCCAUCCUUUCGAACCUCACCCCGGCCCGGUUCGGCCUCCCUGCGGCGUCACGCGGCCGCCCCGGGGACGAUGAACGGAGGAUAAAUGGUGCCCAAAGCAGACAGCGGUGCUUUCCUGCUGCUCUUCCUACUCGUGCUCACAGUCACAGAGCCGCUGCGACCAGAGCUGCGGUGCAACCCUGGGCAGUUUGCCUGUCGCAGCGGGGCCAUCCAUUGCAUCCCCCUUCCCUGGCAGUGUGACGGAUUGGCAGCUUGUGAGGAUGAGAGUGACGAAGCUGACUGUCCAGAAGUAACUGGGGAGACACAUCCUUACCAUGGGAAGGAGUCUGUGGAUCCGCGGCCAGGACGGGCCAGAGGAGGUGACCCCACACACUUCCAUGCGGUGAAUGUGGCACAGCCUGUCCGCUUCAGCAGUUUCCUAGGGAAGUGCCCAACAGGGUGGCACCACUAUGAAGGCACGGCCAGCUGCUACCGUGUCUACCUGAGUGGGGAGAACUACUGGGAUGCUGCGCAGACUUGCCAGCGUGUGAACGGCUCACUUGCCACCUUCUCCACUGACCAGGAACUGCGCUUCAUCCUGGCUCAGGAAUGGGACCAGCCCGAGCGGAGCUUUGGUUGGAAGGACCAGCGCAAGCUAUGGGUUGGCUAUCAGUAUGUCAUCACUGGCCGGAACCGCUCCUUAGAAGGUCGCUGGGAGGUAGCAUUCAAAGGCUCCUCAGAGGUGUUCCUGCCUCCAGAUCCUAUUUUCGCCUCGGCCAUGUCUGAGAAUGACAAUGUGUUCUGCGCCCAGCUCCAGUGCUUCCACUUCCCCACACUGCGGCACCAUGACCUCCACAGCUGGCACGCUGAGAGCUGCUAUGAGAAGUCUUCUUUUCUGUGUAAAAGAAGUCAAACUUGUGUCGACAUCAAGGACAACGUGGUUGAUGAAGGAUUCUACUUCACCCCCAAGGGGGAUGACCCAUGCUUGAGCUGUACCUGCCACGGAGGGGAGCCUGAGAUGUGUGUGGCUGCUCUUUGUGAGCGGCCUCAGGGCUGUCAGCAGUAUCGCAAAGACCCCAAGGAAUGCUGCAAGUUCAUGUGUCUGGACCCAGAUGGCAACAGCUUGUUUGACUCAAUGGCAAGUGGAAUGCGCCUGGUCGUCAGUUGCAUCUCCUCCUUCCUCAUCCUCUCAUUGCUGCUUUUCAUGGUCCACCGGCUACGCCAGAGGCGCCGGGAGCGCAUUGAGUCGCUGAUUGGAGCAAACUUGCACCACUUCAACCUUGGCCGGAGGAUCCCUGGCUUUGACUACGGCCCCGACGGGUUUGGCACAGGUCUCACCCCACUGCAUCUUUCUGAUGAUGGGGAAGGUGGGACUUUCCACUUCCACGACCCUCCGCCUCCCUAUACAGCUUAUAAGUACCCAGACAUCGACCAGCCUGAUGAUCCACCACCACCCUACGAGGCCUCCAUCAAUCCGGACAGUGUAUUCUACGACCCUGCAGACGAUGAUGCCUUUGAGCCUGUGGAGGCUGGCCCACUGACCCCAGGGGAUGGUGACACUGAAGUUGCAUUGCCUCGGCACUUGGAGCAGCCUCUGCCCCCUGCGGGGGCCUCCCUGACAGACCUGGAAGACACUGCUGACAGUAGCAGCGCCCUGCUUGUGCCUCCAGAUCCUCCCCAGAGUGGGAGCACCCCAACUGCAGAGGUGCCACCAGUGGGUGGCCGCCACAGCCGCGGCUCCCUUAAUACCAUGGUGUAGGUGGCUAAGUUUGCAGUUCCAAUGAGCUAGGAGCACCUGUUUGCUGUCGAGAAGACCCUGCCCCUGUGGGAGACUUGCAGGGGCCCUGCCACAGUCUGGACCCCAUUCCACUGCCGCAUACCCACUGGCAAGCGUGCGUGUACAUAGAAUGCGGCCUGCCUCCCUCUGAGAGGAGCAAGCAUCUGCACUGAGUUUCCUUCAGGGCUUCACAGACACGGCAUAGCUUUUGGUCACUGUCCCUUUUUAAAUGGGAGGACAACAAAAUGUUCAAACUGUGUGUUUCAGAGAUAGGGAACAAAAGUAUUGAGCUAUGCUCAAACCAAACACAUCUUGGAUGGGCUUGCUCAUUGUGAUGGCACACAGAGAAGCCUGCUGGCCAGUCAUCAAGCCCCAGUGCAGGUGGAGCAUGGGGCUGCCAUGCAUGCCCAGUAGGCAGUAGGGGGUUUUUGUGGACUGUCAUUGUUAGGCAGUGGGUGUGCUUCUAAAGAGAGCCUUUGAGGCUGUUACGUUGGCUGCUCUGGGGAUAACCCUUCCCAGUUCAGCUGUGAACAUCAAGAUACCUAAAGCCCUAAGAAGGGGGCCUAGAAAGAAAUUGAACUUACUGCCCUCUUUCCACCUGGGCACUGUGAAGCCCAACUCUGUGGCAGGAGGCCCAAGUCUACUCCUACCAUCUCUAAGGCAUUGCUAUGCAUGGCUCCCCCAGGAGGAGGCACUGGGUCUACACAGGGUUGGGAGCUAAGUGGGCUUCUGUCUGCCACACUCUGGAGCCCCAGGCCCUACAUUCUGUUGAGUGACCUCUGGGCCUGGUACGCCUCCACCUCACCUUGUUUGUGCCAUAAAGGGUUGUUUCUUUGGGGCAAGGGGUGGCUAAAGGAACAUCCUGGGCUGUGUCCAUCUCCUGCAAUUCCACUUCUUGCACCAUUGCCACCAGUGGAAUCCAGUGCCUGGUGGCUGCAUGCACACCUCCCCACCCCUCAGCAGCACUGGGUGCUGGGGGCCUUUUGUCCAAGGGACCCUGUUGCCUGUUCAGGGCAAUGUUCUUGUCUCAUGACAUAGGCCUUUAGCAUUUCUGAGGUUUGGAGAUUAAGCGGGUUCUGUGCGAUUUUUUAGCACAUUCAUAUCUUUUCUACGUCGAAUGUCUGGAUCUUUUAUUUUGUGUGUGUGUCCAUGUGUGUCUGUAUGUGGCCAAAUGUUUGCAAGUGGUAGUUCACAGGAACUUGGCGUCAGUUGGGGUUCUACUCUCCCAAGUUGACCAUUUCAUCUUGGGUUUCUAGAUGGAGCCAUGUCUAAGCCUUUGCCUUUACUCGUGGAUCAUGGAUCUGGGCACCUUGUGCCUCUGAGGAAAAUUAAAGGGAAGAAGUGACUAAGGCAUAUGGUUCAGUGGUACUUUGUGGUAACCGGCCUUUAUGCACAGCUCAGUUCUAGGCAUAUUCACUUACUGGUUGGAAACCUGUUUUCUUUCUGUGCAGAAGAAUUUUAAAUUGCCUAGACCUGACCUGUGUUCCAGAGCUGACUAGAGGUAUAAAUUUUGUCAUUAAGCAAGCUAUCCCUGGGCUUGACCCACAGAAGCCAGAUCUAGAAGCUGCACUUCGCUUGUCAGAGGGCUUCCUUGGAAUCACAUCAUAGCCACAAGGGCCCAGUGCCCAUCACUGAGAACAAAGCAGGAAGCAUGUUGUGUCUCCAGUAUGUGCAGUGUGCUGGGCAAUCAGACUCCACAGUAGCAGUCAAGAGUCUUGUUGCCAGGAGAUUCAAGGGUCCUGAAGAACACCCCAGAAGAGCCCCCACACAGGCACCAGCAGUUCAGUGGGUCCCUGCCAAACUGCAGAACCAUAUAUGUAAGCCAACUGGCAUGAGGUGCGUGGAACUGGAAAGCUUCCUCUGGGGACCACAGGCACAUAGAGGAGGCAUCGAGGAAGAGGGUGGCCUGAAGUGGACUGGGAGCUGCAGUGUGGGCUUGCUUUGGGACUGGCCAGGUGUCUGUUCUGGGUACUCUCAGUGUUGCCCUUUCUCCUGGGAAGUAUCAGGCCUCCUCCAGGAUAUUCAGACCUGCCACUGAGGUACAGAGCCCACUGAUGUCCUGAGACUGAUCAGAAGGCCUGUGUUGCAGUACUACUCAGACACUUGUCUACUGCAGCUCCAGGUGUGCUGGGGGCAGUUGUGAAGGGAGCACAGAUCUACCCAUAUGUUUUAAAAUUUCAUCUGCCAUCCUCUCUAAGGUCUGGUUGUACUCGUGGGCUGAUUUAUAAAAAAUCCCAAGGUCAACCUUGCUGAGACUUGUGUUCUUAUAUGAGAUGCUCUCUACCCACUCCAUAAUAGGGCCCCAGAGGGACUGACCAAGCUCCUGGAAGGGGCCCCCUCCUCUAGGACUGCCUUGCCACUGUUUAUGAAAUUGGGGCCCCCUGACCUGCCUUGUAGAGGUGGAAUUUGAUACUGUACAUUGUCUCAAUGCCUGUUUUUACAUUUUCCUUUCACUAAGGGUUUUAGUUUGGGUGUAUUUUUGGUCCAGUUGACACUAAUCCUUUUCUUAAGAUGCUGUGAGAACCAUUUCAUCCAAAUGCCAAAUAAACUUGUGUUCUGGAA